AUGAGCAAUCAAGUCCAGUCCAUCGAGCAAUUCGACUUCAUCGUCGUCGGAGGAGGCACUGCUGGUUGCGCCGUCGCCGGCCGUCUAGCUGAAUCUCCCAACGUCCGCGUCCUAGUCAUCGAGGCUGGUAUUAGCAACCCGAAAGAUAUCGACGCUAUUACGACGCCGGCUCGGGCUUUCGAGCUGCGCGAUAGCAAGUAUGACUGGGCUUAUAAGACAACCAUGAUUGAUCGUCCCGACUACACACGUGUCGAGAAGCCCAACACACGCGGAAAGACCCUUGGCGGUUCUAGCUGUCUCAACUAUUACACUUGGAUCCCCGGCUCGGCCGGAACCUUCGACGACUGGGCUCCUUACGGAGGAGAUGAGUGGAAGUGGGACAAUAUCCGGAAGUACCUUUAUAAGCCGGCGACCUACCAUGACGACAGGACCCUGUUCAGUGAGGAGCUGAAGUACAUCGGUACUAAUGGACCAAUUCCCGUGUCUCAUUCAGAUCUGGUUCCUGAGAUAAAGGGCUUCCGAGAUGCCCUGACUCAGGCAUGGACUAGUAAAGGCGGAGAGUUGACAGACGACGUCCACAACGGUACCAUGCGCGGCCUAUGGAAAUGCACUAAUAGCAUAUACAAUGGAAAGCGUUCCUCGAGUUGGCUUUACCUUGAGGGUAAGACGAAUGUCACUGUACUUUCUAGCACUAAUUCCAAACGCCUACUCAUCGACGACGCCACGAAGAAAUGUGUCGGCGUCGAGGUAAUUCUACCCUCAGGUGAGACGCACAGCUUCAAGUCCAAGUACGAAACUAUCGUCUCAUCUGGUGUGUUUGAGAGCCCGAAGUUGCUUAUGCUUAGCGGAAUUGGCCCGAAGGCUGAGCUGGCUAAGUUCAACAUCGAGACAAUCGUCGAUUCACCACAUGUCGGCCAGAACCUACUAGACCAUCCUAUUCUCCCACACGUCUUCCGUAUUGAAGAUGGCAACGGAUUUGACCAGCACCUCCUUAGAGCCGGUCUCGAGCACGAUGCAGCUGUCAGUUCUUACCGAUGGAGGAACCAAGGUCCCUACACUUCCGGUCUACUCGAACUAGUCGGACUCCCACGUAUCGACGAGCGCCUGAUGAAAUACCCCGAGUACGUAGCCGCCAAAGAAGCCAACGGAGGCCUCGAUCCCUUUGGUCCCGCGGGUCAACCACAUUUCGAAAUCGACUUUGUUCCCAUGUUCAGCGAUGCCUUCCACCGAUCAGGCACAGUGGAGCUCAACAGCGCAGACCCGCUGGUGCAACCCAAGAUCAACCUGAACUUCUUCGCCGAAGACUUGGAUAUCUUGGCGAUGCGCGAAGGCAUCCGCUGGGUAGACGACGUGUUGAUGAACGGCGAGGGCAUGCGCGACAUGAUCCGCGAGGACUACCCGUGGCCGAUGCCGCGGACCUCGGACGCGGCGAUGGACAAGAUGAUCCUCGAGCGCUCGCAGACGGGCUUCCACCCCUGCGGAAGCACACGCAUGGCGCCUAGCAUCGCGGAGGGUGUCGUCGAUGGUAAACUCAAGGUGUUUGGUGUUGAAAACCUAAGAGUCAUCGAUGCGUCUGUCAUCCCGGUGAUCCCAGAUUGUCGUAUCCAGAACUCGGUCUAUGCGAUUGCCGAGAAGGGCGCCGAUAUGAUCAAGGCCGAAUAUCCGGAACUAUACGCUUAG